GUCCAAAAACGCAGCGUUUCGUAUGUUUCUGGAUGAGGAUUUCCGACAGACAUCAGAGAGGGAACUUGGAAGGACAGAGGAGAUAGAGUGAGAAGCGCAAAUAUCAGAGAGACAGCGAAGAAAAAGAAGAAGAAUCAUCUUCACUCUUUGCCUAACUGUGACGAAUCCAAAGGAGGAUGCUUAGCUUGAGAUAUUCACUACCGUAUCUUCUUCCUCAAACAAAGGAAUCAACUAAACUCUUCUCCAAGAAGCCUAACAAUGUUGUGGUUUGUGCGGCUAGAGGUCCAAGACCUCGAUCUCCUCGAGUAUGGAAAACAAGGAAGAGAAUUGGAAGUAUCUCCAAGGCUGCCAAGAUGAUUGCUUGUAUAAAAGAAUUGUCGAAUGUUAAAGAAGAAGUCUACGGAGCGCUUGAUUCGUUCAUUGCCUGGGAGUUAGAGUUCCCUCUUGUUAUAGUCAAGAAGGCUUUAGCUGUUCUUGAAGAUGAAAGAGGGUGGAAGAAGAUUAUUCAGGUGACAAAAUGGAUGCUGAGUAAAGGCCAAGGAAGAACAAUGGGGACUUACUUCUCGUUACUAAACGCUCUAGCAGAAGAUAACCGGCUCGACGAAGCUGAGGAGCUCUGGAACAAACUGUUCAUGGAGCAUUUAGAAGGAACUCCAAGAAAGUUCUUCAACAAAAUGAUCUCUAUCUAUUACAAGAGAGACAUGCACCACAAGCUCUUCGAGGUUUUUGCUGACAUGGAGGAGCUUGGAGUGAAACCGAAUACUGCGAUUGUGAAUAUGGUUGGGAAAGUGUUUUUGAAACUUGGGAUGGAUGAUAAGUACGAGAAGCUGAUGAAGAAGUAUCCUCCACCGCAGUGGGAGUUCAGAUAUAUCAAAGGAAGACGCGUUAAGGUCAAGGCAAAGCAGCUUAAUGAGCUAAGCGAAGGUGAAGGAGGCUUAAGCAGCGAUGAAGACAAGAUUGAGAGUAAAUCUGAAUUGUUGUCAGAUGAGGAAGCAAACCAAGAUGAAGAGGAAGAAGAAGGUUUGGAGGCGAAUCAAAGACAGAUUGGAACAUCUAGAGAACCCUGUCUUGAUCAUUAGGACUUUUCUUGAGCCUUUGAGAUUGUAUGUACUGUUGGAUCAUGCAUGGAAAAGAGAUUGAGAGCCAAAGUUCUUCAAUGAAGCGCUUAGGUUACUGACUGAAAACAUGACCCAAAACGUUUGACCUUUUGAGGUAAAGAGCUUGGGAAAAGUUAAAACAGGACACCAACUAAUGUCAAAACGAUAAAGAAACUCAGCAAAGAAUCUUUUAGAGUAUCAUCACUGUGUAAAGCUUUGAAGCAAAAAACAAUUGUAUUAAAGAUCAUGAGAUAACUCUUUUUUGUUAUUCAA